AUGGAUCCAGCAAAAGCCCCUGGCCCAGAUGGUAUGGUUCCUUUGUUUUUUGAGAAGUAUUGGCAUCUUGUUGCUACUUUUUCAAUCUUGGUGAAUGGGGAACCUAAAGGCAACAUAGUUCCAAGUAGGGGCUUAAGACAAGGGGACCCAUUGUCCCCUUUUCUGUUCUUGCUAUAUACAGAAGUGCUUAUUUCUUUACUUAAAGUUGCUGCUCUGGAUCAGGAUAUUCCUGGAAUCAAAAUAUGUAGAGGUGCUCCUGUAGUAAACCAUCUAUUGUUUGCUGAUGAUUCAGUAAUAUUUUGUAAAGUAGAUGUGGGGGAAAAUAGGAAGAUCCAAGCCUUAUUGGAGAGAUAUGAGCUGAUAUGGGGAGUUCAAGGGGCUCAACAGUAUGAUAAGUACCUCGAACUACCUCCUGCUGUUGGAAGAUCGAAAUCCAAGGCGUUUUCUGAUAACAAGCAAAGAAGUUGGCGCAUAUUGAAGGAACCGAAUUCUCUGUUGCAUAAAAUUUACAAAGCUCGAUACUUUCCUCACGGUUCUCUACUUGAAGCUGGACUAGGAAGAACACCAUCUUUUGCAAGGCGAGGCAUCUUUGAAGCUACGAAGGUACUGAAACAAGGCUGUGCAUGGAAGAUUGGGGAUGGGAAAACAGCAAGACUGUGGAAAGACCCCUGGAUCCCUGGCCACCAAGCUUUGAUGCAGGAACAUGAUACUGACCUUAGCGUUGAUUUUCAAGAAGCCUUUGUGGAUAGAUUGAUUGAUACUCAAACUGGAGGGUGGAAUGUGACACAAUUAAGGGCUCUCUUCAAUUCAAACCUAGUGGCUAACAUUUUGAAGGUGCCUCUCUAUAUUAGUAACCAACCAGAUCAGUGGAUUUGGGCUCAAGAGAGGAGUGGAAAGUUUACUGUAGCUAUGAAGGUAGUUGAGCAGGGUAAUGAAGGGGAAUUUGCUUUCAUGUUUUGCCUUGCUUGGGGCUUUUGGUGGAGAAGGAACCACAUGGUGCAUGGGCAGAAAAUUGUUGAGGUGCAGCAGGUUGUUGAUAAUGCUUUAGCUGUGUACAAUUUCUACAAGGAAAUACAGCUGCUCCCACGACCUAUGGUUCGAGCUUUUUAUGAAUGGAAGCCACCUCUCACAGAUUGGUUAAAAGUUAAUGUAGAUGGGGUAGUUUUCAGGGAUAUCCACAAGGCUGGGGUGGGGAUGGUGCUUCUAAAUGAUAAGGGAGAAGUUCUAUGGGCAACUACCAAGCUUGAAGAUGAAGGGAUUAAUGCAGAAGCGAUUGAACUACUGGCUAUAUUUCGUGCCUUACAAAUGUGUGUGGGUAUGGGAAUUAAUAAGCUUGUAGUGGAGUCAAAUUGUUUGAUGGCAGUGAAGGUGCUGAAUGCAGAAAUUGAAUGUUCUGCUUUGUUGAACGACCUGGUGCGUGAGAUUAAAGAGGUUCAGACUUUGUACACCAAAUGCCAAAUACAGCAUGUUUACAGAGAAGAAAAUGGGGUAGCUCAUAGGCUUGCUCGUUUUGCAUGGAAUGUUGAGUGUACCACAAUGUGUGGCCUGGUUUUUCAGUUAUGGUCUGUUAUUUAG